GUGGUUUCAGCUUCCUUCGAUGUUCCGUUCGCUUUCUUUGAACCUCCCAACACAACACAACACGCUUAAGCAAACUUAACCAAACCACCGUUCUUUGUUUUUGCUUUUUCUAUCCUUCCCAGAUCCCAAGCCCUAAUCUUUCUGUUCUCUUCUCUCUCACUCUCACUUCAUAAUCUAAUUCUUCAUCUGGGAAGAUCGGUUGACGAAUUGAGAAUCCCAUCGCUUGCGACGCACUAGGGUUUCAAUCGAUCGCAAUCAUGUUCAACCGGAUAUUUGGUAAACCUAAACAGGAAACCAAUGCUGUUGCCACUUUGGACAAGUUAAACGAAACACUUGAAAUGCUGGAGAAAAAGGAGAAAGUGCUCCUUAAAAAGGCUGCAGCGGAAGUCGAAAAGGCCAAGGAAUUCACUAGGGGGAAGAACAAAAGGGCGGCAAUACAAUGUUUGAAGAGGAAGAGAUUAUAUGAACAGCAGAUAGAGCAGCUUGGAAAUUUCCAGUUGCGUAUUCAUGACCAGAUGAUAAUGUUGGAAGGUGCUAAAGCCACAACAGAAACAGUAGAUGCAUUAAGAACUGGAGCAUCUGCUAUGAAGGCUAUGCAAAAAGCAACGAAUAUUGAUGAUGUUGACAAGACCAUGGAUGAGAUCAAUGAACAGACUGAAAAUAUGAAACAGAUUCAGGAAGCAUUGUCAGCUCCAAUUGGUGCAGCUGCUGAUUUUGAUGAGGAUGAAUUGGAAGCAGAACUUGAAGAACUGGAGGGUGCUGAGUUGGAAGAACAGCUUCUUCAGCCAGCAACUACAGCUCCUGCAGCCCCUGUGCAGGUCCCAGCCGGGCGCCAACCUACUCGCCCUGUUCCUGCAAAGCCCACUCCUGAGGAAGAUGAAUUGGCAGCUUUGCAGGCUGAGAUGGCGCUUUGAGCAGGUCCCUUUUCUCAGCUGUGACACUGGAUUUGUAUUGUUAUCUAUGCAUUAGUUUGUUUUAGGCGAACUAGAGUUGCAUUUAUCGCGACAGUAAAUGAUGUGUAUGCUCUAUUUUCAUGGUGAAAUAUCCCACUUCUGCACAGUUUAAUGCGCUCAUAUGAUGUAUCAUAGUUUGAAACGUAUUGCCUAAGAUCACUUUCUGAGAAUAAGUAUGAGAAUCUUAUUUUAGGCAGUUGUUCUUAUUGGUUUUGCCUCUGGCUUUGAUUUAGCCAGAAUUUUGCAGGCAUUUUUAUGCAUGAUGACAAGUGGCUUCAGUGAUGAAUUAUCAUCACUAUGAUGUGGAGAAUUCUGCUUCUCUCCCGCUCGCUUAUCUGUGUGAAAUUAUUGAACAGACCAGAGGAUGUAUAUAAAAGGUGAAAAAAUAUUAAACACAUGAGUCCUUCAAAAAUUGACUACUUUUUUUCUCUUGGAUGAGUUCGAACCCCCUUUUUCAUGUAUACGUAUCAAAUAUUAAUACAUUUGGCUAUAUCCUAUGC